AUGGAGUAUAAUGUGUCUUCAGCGAGCCAAACAUCAAUGGAAGUGGAUGAAUCGUUUGUUGGAAUGACGGGCGGCCAGAUCUUUCAUGAGAUGAUGCGACGGCACGGUGUUAAACAUAUCUUUGGAUACCCUGGUGGAACUAUCCUUCCAGUCUUCGACGCCAUCUACAAUUCCAAGUAUUUCGAUUUCAUCCUUCCUAAGCACGAACAAGGAGCAGGGCAUAUGGCUGAGGGGUACGCAAGGGCAUCAGGGAAGCCAGGCAUCGUUCUGGUCACCUCCGGACCCGGGGCAACCAAUGUCGUUACUCCGAUGCAGGAUGCUCUGUCCGAUGGGACGCCAAUGAUCGUCUUCAGCGGCCAGGUAGUGACCACGGCGAUUGGCAGCGAUGCUUUCCAAGAAGCCGAUAUUCUGGGUAUAUCGCGAGGCUGCACAAAAUGGAACGUCAUGGUACGCAACGUUGCUGAGCUACCCCAGAGAAUCAAUGAAGCUUUCGAGAUUGCCACGAGUGCUAUACCUCGCAUCGCGCCCUACGCAAACACCGACGCAAACCAAACGUUACUCACCAAGUCGAUCUCUAAUGUUGCCAACUUGAUUCACACCGCGAAGAAGCCCGUCAUCUAUGCAGGACAGGGUGUUAUUCAGUCCCCGGGCGGACCUCAGCUACUCAAGAAGCUUGCUGACAAGGCGUCCAUACCGGUCACAACAACUCUGCAAGGCCUUGGUGCCUUCGACGAACUCGACGAGAAGUCCUUGCAUAUGCUGGGAAUGCACGGCUCAGCAUAUGCGAAUAUGGCUAUGCAGGAAGCCGAUCUCAUCAUAGCUCUAGGUGCACGGUUCGACGACAGAGUGACAUUAAACGUCGCCAAGUUUGCACCUGCGGCGAGGGCAGCCGCGGCAAAGGGUCUUGGGGGUAUUGUACAGUUUGAAGUGCUACCGAAGAAUAUCAACAAGGUGGUUCAGUCCACUGAGGCUGUUGUCGGGGAUCUCACAGAGAAUCUGACACACCUACUACCCCAUUUGAAAAGGACCAGCAUGGCCGAAAGGCGAGAAUGGUUUCAACAAAUCAACGAGUGGAAAGCAAAAUGGCCGUGGAGUGCUUACAAUCGGGAUGAACGACCCCAUUUGAUCAAACCGCAGCAUGUCAUUGAGGAACUGAGUAACCUCACCGCAGAUCGCAAACAAGAGACCAUCAUUACUACGGGUGUUGGCCAACAUCAGAUGUGGACUGCUCAGCACUUCCGUUGGCGUUCUCCCCGUAGUAUGAUUACCUCUGGUGGUCUUGGUACCAUGGGCUUUGGGCUUCCCGCUGCUAUCGGCGCCAAGGUAGCGCGUCCAGAUGCGCUGGUGAUUGAUAUUGAUGGGGACGCAUCGUUUAGCAUGACCUUAACAGAACUGACCACCGCCAGUCAAUUCAAUAUCGGGGUCAAAGUUAUCGUUCUAAACAACGAGGAGCAAGGAAUGGUGACCCAGUGGCAAAAUCUAUUCUACGAGGACCGAUACUCACACACACACCAGCGUAACCCAGACUUUAUGGGCCUGGCAGGGGCAAUGCACAUUCAACAUCGACGUGUCAGGAAACCUGAAGACAUCGUUGAGUCUCUCAAGUGGCUUAUCCACACGGAGGGCCCUGCUCUGCUAGAGGUUAUCACCGACAAGAAGGUACCAGUGCUACCAAUGGUACCUGCUGGCUCAGGGCUGCACGAGUUCAUUACGUGGGACGCACAUAAAGACAAGGAGAGGAGAAGUCUGAUGCAGGACAGAACAUGCGGGCUCCACGGAUGA